UAAAAAUAUUACAAUGAAAAUGAAAAAACUGGAAAACUGACCAUAUUUAUGUGUAUUAAAGCAGAAAAUGAGAUGAUUACAAAGAAGGCUGCUGAAGCUGAAGCUGAAGCCAUCGAUGCGUUCAUGAGCAUCUCAGUCGAGGACAAUGAGAAGGAACAUCUGGAGGAACCUCUGGGUAAGUAAAGAAAUUAACAAUGUCAUGGUGGAAAUACAUUUAGUUCAUAUUAAAAUGUGAAUUCUAAUCUGUUUUAAUUCUUCAUUCAAGAUAAUCUAGUGAGCAUAACUGAUGACAAGACUGGAGUCAUCAGUGAGCUCCUGGAGAUCCAGCUGGAGUAUCCAGCGAGUGUCCAGCCUCUGGGUAAGUAAAGUUGAUGAGCAGAUGUCGUGAUGAUGCUAACAAAUUCUGGUUGCUUUCACACCUCCUUUGUUUGUUCCGGACAUUCAGACUUUUAAAGUUGGUCUGAAGCAAAACUGCAUGUGUGAAAGUUUCCUCAGACCAUGGUUCAGAUCAAAGGGCCAACAUUUGGUCGGUCUAAAAGAGGUGGUCUUGGUCCAGAUCAAACUGAGCCAUGGUUCGGUUCAUUUGCAGUGUGAAAGCACUUUUUUGGAUGGUUCACAUUUUCGGACCAAUUAUAGGAAGUUGAGUCAGGCUGUCGUCACCCAUCAAACAAUAGAGGAAGAAAAAGAACCAGAAGAGAGUAAAAUGAGCCGCGGUAGCUCACGGGGAGGAGACGGUGUAUUUAUUUGUAAUUUGGACUCACGAAAAAGUCAAAAGUCAACAUUUUUCUCCAAACGUAAAAGACAAGCAGCUGAACUGACCACACGCUGACAUCAGACUCUCCUCUACAAACCAAUCGGUGUCCAGUACAGGGAGACACAGCCCACGGUGGUGAUGAUAUCAGGACAUAGGUGUGUCAUGCAGAGUUCUUUAGUGCGCUCGUUAAAUCGCAACCAAAACGAGCUGGAUCAAAUGAUUACAAUGUAACAAACACAUGAACCUCAGUUUGGACUUUGAUCAGGACUUUCAGGUCUGAAAACACCCUUAAUUUAUAUUAACACAGGAAUUCAGCUAAAUAUGAUCUCUAAUCUGUCUGAAUUCAUUCUAGAUCAUCCAGUGAGCACCAAUGAUGAUGCUGCUACAGCCAUCAGAGAGCUCCUGGAGGUCCUGUUUGCUGAUGCUCUAUCAGCGAGUGCCCAGCCAAAGAAGGCUGCUGAAGCUGAAGCUGAAGCUGAAUCCAUCGAUGAGCCCAUGAGCAUCUCAGUGGAGGACAAUGUGGAGGAACAUCUGCAGGAACAUCUGGGUAAGUAAAGAAAUGAACAAAUAGUGAGAUGAUAUUGACACAUAUAAUUAAUAUUAAAGCUUAAUAUGAGCUCUAAUCUGUCUGAAUUCAUUCAAGAUAAUCUAGUGAGCACCAAUGAUGACGAAGCUAAAGCCAUCAGUGAGCUCCUAGAGAUCCUGUUUGACGAGGAGAUCCAGAUGGGGUGUCCAGCAAAUGUCCAGCCUCUGGAAAAUGAGAUGGCGGCUGAUGAAGCGGAGGCUGAAGCCACCAACAAAUUCAUGAGCAUCUCUCUGGAGGACUCUGAGGAGGACCCUCACAGCAACUUGGACGAUGGUGAAACAGGUGAUGACCAAUCUUUUGACAAUGAGAUGACGAGGGAGAUGAUGUUGGCUACCAAAACCCUCAAAGACCUCCUAGGCAUCAAUUGUGAGGACGCUGAGGAGGAACCUGACAAGGAACAUCUGGACAAUGAGAUGACGUUGGCUACUAAAACCCUCAAAGACCUCUUAGGAAUCCAUCAUGAGGACGUUGAGGAGGAACCUGUCAAGGAACCUCUGGACAAUGAGAUGACGAGGGAGAUGAUGUUGGCUACCAAAACCCUCAAAGACCUCUUAGGCAUCAAUUGUGAGGACGCUGAGGAGGAACCUGACAAGGAACAUCUGGACAAUGAGAUGACGUUGGCUACCAAAACCCUCAAAGACCUCUUAGGAAUCCAUCGGGAGGACAUUGAGGAGGAACCUGUCAAGGAACAUCUGGACAAUGAGAUGACGUUGGCUACUAAAACCCUCAAAGACCUCUUAGGAAUCCAUCAUGAGGACAUUGAGGAGGAACCUGUCAAGGAACAUCUGGACAAUGAGAUGACGAGGGAGAUGAUGUUGGCUACCAAAACCCUCAAAGACCUCCUAGGCAUCAAUUGUGAGGACGCUGAGGAGGAACCUGUCAAGGAACAUCUGGACAAUGAGAUGACGAGGGAGAUGACGUUGGCUACCAAAACCCUCAAAGACCUCUUAGGAAUCCAUCGUGAGGACAUUGAGGAGGAACCUGUCAAGGAACCUCUGGACAAUGAGAUGACGAGGGAGAUGAUGUUGGCUACCAAAACCCUCAAAGACCUCCUAGGCAUCAAUUGUGAGGACGCUGAGGAGGAACCUGACAAGGAACAUCUGGACAAUGAGAUGACGAGGGAGAUGAUGUUGGCUACCAAAACCCUCAAAGACCUCUUAGGAAUCCAUCGGGAGGACAUUGAGGAGGAACCUGUCAAGGAACAUCUGGACAAUGAGAUGACGAGGGAGAUGAUGUUGGCUACCAAAACCCUCAAAGACCUCUUAGGCAUCAAUUGUGAGGACGCUGAGGAGGAACCUGUCAAGGAACCUCUGGACAAUGAGAUGACGAGGGAGAUGAUGUUGGCUACCAAAACCCUCAAAGACCUCCUAGGCAUCAAUUGUGAGGACGCUGAGGAGGAACCUGACAAGGAACAUCUGGACAAUGAGAUGACGUUGGCUACCAAAACCCUCAAAGACCUCUUAGGAAUCCAUCGGGAGGACAUUGAGGAGGAACCUGUCAAGGAACCUCUGGACAAUGAGAUGACGAGGGAGAUGAUGUUGGCUACCAAAACCCUCAAAGACCUCUUAGGCAUCAAUUGUGAGGACGCUGAGGAGGAACCUGUCAAGGAACCUCUGGACAAUGAGAUGACGAGGGAGAUGAUGUUGGCUACCAAAACCCUCAAAGACCUCCUAGGCAUCAAUUGUGAGGACGCUGAGGAGGAACCUGACAAGGAACAUCUGGACAAUGAGAUGACGUUGGCUACCAAAACCCUCAAAGACCUCUUAGGAAUCCAUCGGGAGGACAUUGAGGAGGAACCUGUCAAGGAACCUCUGGACAAUGAGAUGACGAGGGAGAUGAUGUUGGCUACCAAAACCCUCAAAGACCUCCUAGGCAUCAAUUGUGAGGACGCUGAGGAGGAACCUGACAAGGAACAUCUGGGUAAGUAAAUGAAAUGAACAGAUGACAAGAUUGUGGAACAUCUAACACCACAGCUAUGGGUGAGAA